AUGACCUCGCAAGUUGAGAUAUCCAUACCUUCUGCGUCAAUCUCCGCAACUCCCAAACCCUACACCGUCUAUAACAUAUCCCUCCGCCUUCCACUGCGUUCGUUCACACUUCAAAAGCGCUAUUCAGAUUUCACUGCCCUACACAACUCUCUAGCCGCUCAAACAGGUCAAGUACUGCCCUUCGUAUUACCCAAGAAGUCCUACUUUACCAACACAACCUCCUCUCCCGCUCUGACAGAAGAACGACGGAAAGGACUAGAGGCAUAUCUUCAAGGUAUAAACAGUACAGACGAUCAAAAGUGGCGUGAUACAAGUGCAUGGAGGACAUUCUUGAAUUUACCCAGUACUGCGACUUCCCGUUCUAGUACUGCUACAAAUUUGCAUGGCGUUGUGACUGGCGCUGGUGUGCCUGUCACUGAUCCUGUUGUGUGGUUGGAUCAACACCGAGAUCUUAAGUCACGGCUUCAUGACGCCAGAUUGUAUCUUACAAAAAGAGACCAGGCUAGUACGGCCCAAGCUCAGCAUGAAGCUUCUGCGCAAGCCAAGAAAAGCCUUGUGCAAGCUGGUACAAUGAUUAUCGCACUAGAUAAGGGAUUGAAAAGCACAGGCACUGGUUCUGCAUGGCAUCACGGCAAGCUUCCAGAGGGCGAACUGAGAAGACGAAGGGAUUUGCUCAGCAACGCUAGCAGAGAGAAGGAAGGGCUAGAGAAUCUACUCUCAGCGAUGGCCGCAAAAUCUGCCUUAGAUCGUACAGUUGCUGCUGCUCAAGAAAAGGGCGAGCUGACUGGAGAGCCGCCCUCGAAAGAUCAUGCGCGUUCCUCAAGGCCGACAUCCGGGCGUGUUCUAGGCAAGGAAACAUCGAGGACUAAGGAGCUAGACAAUAACGGAGUGCUGCAGCUGCAACAGCAAUUGAUGAAAGAGCAAGAUGAAGACGUCACAAUCCUUGCGCAGGCAGUGGCGAGACAGAAGGAGCUCGGAGUCCAAAUUCAAGAAGAGCUUGAGGUCCAAGGCUCUUUGCUGAACAUGCUCGAUGAAGAUGUCGACAGGGUAAAAGGAAAGGUUGAUGUUGCCAGAAAGCGUGUGAACGACAUUUCGUGA